AUGGGCGACGCAGAUGGACCUCACUUUACUACUCUUGCCGAGCGCAUUGCGGCUUUGAACCAACAAAAGAAUUUCCAUGCCCCUGUCCCAUCUGGCAAACGCCCUCCCCCUCCCCCUCCUCGACCUGUCGCUCGUGCUGCCACAGAGACGACGACAACAUCGACAUCAACGCAGCCAUCCUCUUCCGUAAAGCCACCACCGCUCCCUCCACAGCCGACGCGCGUGUCUACAGAAAGACAGCCACCGCCUCUGCCACGGCGAAGUGUCGACCAUGAGGACAGUCAGUUGCCAUCUGCCCCAUCCCCAGGCCGUCCUCCCCCGUUGCCAGCACGGAACACGCAACAGCAUACUCCCCAGAGUCUACCUCCCCGGAAAGGUUCAAACGCCUCUGAUGUCUCGCUGGUCUCAGCCGUAUCCUCUUUCUCCCUGAACUCGACACACUCGACAACACACGAACCACCACGGCGGCUCCCUCCCCGCUUCGACCAGUCCAAAAUCCCUCCUCUCCCACCUAAACGAACAUCAGAAGCCAAAUCGAAAGAGAGCGAGACACCUGAGCAAAGGCCACGUGUAUUGGCACCCACUCUCGACCAAGCGAGGCUCCCUCCUCUUCCCCCUAGCAGACGGGAACUGGAAGCCAAGGCAAAGGAACAAGAGGCAGCUGAACAGCAAAAGGCACAUACAACGCCGCCUCUCCCGCCGCGACGCUCUACGGACUCUAUGAAGCCAGUGCAGCCGCCUCCUUUACCGUCGAGAAACGGGCAUCCCUCUCCAACAACCCAGCCGCAAGAAUCGGCUUCAGCACCAACUCUGCCCGCGAGACGUCCCCUCUUCAAAUCAGCCCUUGAGUGCGGCCUCAGCUCAGGGCGCAAGUUCCCCAUCCAAAAACCAGCCUCCACAGAACCGCCCCCCAUCCCUCUCGCCAGCAGACCCUCAGCAGAACUCCCUCCCCUCCCGCUUGCCAGUCGACCCUCAGCAGACAGCCCUCCCCUCCCAUCAAACCGCCCCGGAGUAGCAUCCUCAUGCCUGAUUUGCCGCGAUUUCACCCUCCCCGAUGCCCUCGCCGCCGCAAACCCGACCUCCUCCAUCCCCCCGCAUGUCGAUCCCAUCGUCCACCUCGCGCAUGUGCUGUGUGAUCCGCUGCCGUCGCUGACAGACAAGGCGCGGGCAAUAUUUACGUGGUGUCAUCAUAACAUCGUCUACGACGUGCACAAUUUCCUCAACCACACCGUCCAGUACGGCCUUACUCCCCAGCAGACGAUCGCCUCCGGUAAAGCUGUCUGCGAAGGCUUCGCCCGCGUCUACGAAUCGAUAGCAAGGCAAGCAGGCCUCGAAUGCGAGGUCAUCACCGGCCACGGAAAGGGCUACGGGUUCAGCGAGAUCCGCCCGGGCGACCCCAUCCCCCGCAAAGAUCCCACCGGACACGCAUGGAACGUAGUGCGGAUUGACGGGGGAGAAUACAAACUCAUCGACGCGUGCUGGGGCGCGGGGCACUUCAAGUCGUGCACGAACCGGUACGAGCAGGUGUUUAGUCCGGAAUGGUUUACCAUGAGUAAUGAGCGGUUUGGCUGGAAGCAUUUCCCCGAGCGGGAAGGGAAGUACUGGUUUGGUGUGCCCAAGACGUGGGAGGAGUAUAUUCUCGGUCCCGGCGGGAGGGAUGCCUCAGAAAAGGCGCAGGUGAUGGGAGAUGCGGCGAGGGAAGGGUUGGAUGAUGAAGGUUUCGUGCCGAGGGGGAAGUAUAUCUCGCUGUCGCAGGAACAGGUGAAGGCUCAAUCUACAGGAGGGUUGAUGAGGUUCUUGUUCGCGAAGGUGUGCCCGCAUUGGGACUCUGAGAAGCAUGGAAGGGGGAAGCAGAUGUUGUUUUUGUUGAAGCUGGGUAGGUAUGACGGAAAGGACUUAAGGCCGGUCGUGUAUGAUGGCGUGUGGUAUUUUAUCGAUGUGCCGGUGCAAGAGUUGGGGUUACCAGGGCAGAAUGUGGAGUUGGUUGGGCUGACGAUGUUUGAUGGACGGGAUGCGAGGGGGUUGACGAAGGAGGAGUUUGCGAGCCGGUUUGGAAGGUGCGCGUAUGCGUGGACGGUACUUGUGAGAUGGGAGUUGGUCGCUUGA